UUCCGUUCAUGCGCAGUGAACGUCACACCGAUGACAUGGCGCUGUUAAACAGUAUCUACAAUUCUUUCUUGAAGAGGACGUCCACUUUUGCUGUGACCGUCGUGGUUUCAGCUAUAGUGUUUGAGCGAGUCUUUGACCAAGGAGGCGACGAGCUUUUUGAAUAUUUAAAUCGCGGGAAGCUUUGGAAGCACAUCAAGCACAACUACACGCAGAAAGAUGAAUAAUAAGAACCUGGAUAAGGCUGGCGGUGCGAAUGUUGUCAGGGUCCAUUUUCUUCCUGGAUUCGUCUUGUAAACCAUCAAGCAGCUAACAACAUGGACAGUGUGCACCAAGUCAUACCCGGGCUGGAAGCAGCUUUCAGACGAUCUGUGGAAGGUGACACCAGACCCACGACGUAGAUGGAGCAACGCUUUCUGUCUUUGUCCUUCCUCUUUGUUGAUAUUUGUAAUUCCCUCACAGAUUGUCAGUUGUUGUAUUAAACAUGCAUCAUGUCGCACGAA